AGGGCAGCGGGAGCGGGCCGCGGGGGGUGCGGGAUGCGGCUGCGCUCGGGGGUGCUGGCGGCCGGCUGCCUGCUGCUGCAGGCCCUGGGCGUCGCCAUCUUCCUGCGCGGCUUCUUCCCCCUGGCCGUGCGCGCCCGGCCGCGGGGGGGACCCCGCGGGGAGAGCCCCCCCGAGCCCGCCCCGCCGGGCCCAGGAACGGUUUCUAACUGGACCAAAAUUCCACCACCACUUUUCAGAAAAGUUGUCAUUGUCCUGAUAGAUGCUUUGAGAGAUGACUUUGUCUUUGGAUCCAAAGGUAAACAGUUCAUGCCUUACACUACUCAAGUUAUUGAAAAAGGAACAUCCUACAGUUUCAUUGCUGAAGCGAAGCCACCCACCGUGACUAUGCCUCGAAUUAAAGCUUUGAUGACGGGUAGCAUUCCUGGCUUCAUUGAUGUUGUUGUGAACCUCAACUCUCCAGCUCUGUUGGACGACAAUCUGAUUUGGCAGGCAAAAACAGCUGGGAAAAGAAUAAUCUUUUAUGGUGAUGAUACUUGGGUCAAAUUGUUUCCAAAGCAUUUUGUGGAAUAUGAUGGAACAACAUCCUUCUUUGUGUCAGAUUUUACAGAGGUUGAUGAUAAUGUUACCAGACACUUGGACAGAGUGUUAAAGAGAGAAGACUGGGAUCUCCUAAUAUUACAUUACCUAGGAUUGGACCAUAUUGGACAUGUGACAGGGCCAAACAGCCCACUAGUGGGACCAAAACUUCGUGAAAUGGAUAACAUCCUAAAGAAGAUUCAUAUUUCUCUUCUUUCAAAGGAAGGAGAGGCUUCUCUGCCGAGUUUGCUGGUUGUUUGUGGGGAUCAUGGGAUGUCUGAAACAGGGAGUCAUGGUGGUUCUUCAGAAGGUGAAGUGCACACACCACUGCUGUUUAUCAGCUCUGCCUUUGAAAAGAGAAGUGGUCCUCUAACACAACCUGAACUUGUACAACAAACUGAUUUGGCUAGUACACUGGCAGUAGGUCUUGGCCUACCCAUUUCAAGAAACAGUGUUGGGAACCUGAUAUUGCCAGUUGUAGGAGGCAAGACAAUGAGGGAACAACUACGUUUCUUGCACUUGAAUGGGUUCCAGCUUAGCAGGCUGCUGGAAGAAAAUACACCUGCCUAUGAAAAAGAUCCUGGAUAUGAGCAAUUUAAGAUAGCGGAGAAAUCCCAUGGUAACUGGAUCAAACUGUACUUAGAGGGGAAUAAUUCAGAAAUACUCAUGAAUCUUGGCAAAAAGGUCCUGAAGCAAUAUUUGGAGGCCCUGAAGACUUUGAGUUCUUCACUAAGCAAACAAGUGGCACAAUAUGAUAUGUAUUCGAUGAUGGUGGGGACUGUUAUCAUUAUGGAGGUUCUGCUGAUGCUUUUGCUCAGUGUUCCAAAAGCUCUGAGCAGCCGGGCAGAAUUUGAAGUGCCCCUCUCCCCUUCGCUCUUCUCUCUGCUCUUUUACUUGAUGUGUCUGGUGCUGUGUGCGGUUCACGUCAUUGUAUGCACAUCAGCAGAAAGUUUAUGCUAUUUCUGCAGUAUGUCCUGGUUAACAGCACUUGGAGUGAUGAUGCUGAUUUCUGCACUCAUGUGUGGUAUUUUAUCUGCCAUUGGAAAGAUCCUUGAGAAUUCCAGACUUCCAGUGAAGAAUCCAGCUGUGUCCAGUUCCAGCUGGUCAGAAGUAGAUGUGCUGAUGCUGGCUGGAACAAUUGGCCAUGUUUUGAGUUUGGGGGCAAGCAGUUUUAUAGAAGAGGAACAUCAAACCUGGUAUUUUCUUAUCAAUACCCUCUGUUUGGCACUGUGUCAGGAACUCUGUAGAAACCAUUUUCUUCUGAAAGAAUGUGACCCUCAGCAUGGCACCAGUUUGAAACAAAAUUUUGAUGGUAUCAGGGAAGCCUCUGAUUGCAAGAAUAUAGAUGUACCAGCAUCAGGUAAUUCAAAACUGGACAAGGUUGCAUCUUCAACUGAAUUCAUUAGAGGAUCAGAUAAGUGGUUAAGCUUAGCGAGUCCAUGGAUCAUUCUUAUUUGCUGUCGACUACUUCGAUCCUUGAAUCAGACGGGAGUCCAAUGGGCUCAUCGGCCAGACUUUGGGCACUGGUUGACAAGUUCUGAACAUAAGUCUGAACUCUCCUUCUUGGCUGCAGUUUCCCUAGUUAUGAUCUUCUUUCUGGUUCAAAGAAGAUGUUCCCUGGUUUCAAAAAUUGCUAUGGCACUUGGGCUCCUGGGAGUCUACAGUUACCGGGCAGCCAUUGGAAAUGUUGUAUUUCCAUGGCAACAUGACAGCAAAGAUAUUUCAAAGGGGAUUACUGAAGCUCGUUUUGUUUAUGUCUUUGUUCUUGGCAUAGUCUUCACUGGCACUAAAGAUUUACUAAAGUCGCAGGUUAUUUCUGCAGACUCCAGCGUGAAGAGUACAGGAUUAUGGGAAGUGUACAGUGGAUUGGUUCUACUAGCAGCCCUUCUAUUUAGACCUCACAAUUUGCCAGUGUUGGUGUUUUGUCUGCUGAUUCAGACAAUGAUGACAAAAUAUAUCUGGAGACCUCUGAAAUUUGAUGCAGCACAGAUUACUAUCAUGCACUACUGGUUUGGCCAAGCUUUCUUCUAUUUUCAGGGAAAUUCAAAUGGCAUUGCUACUGUGGAUGUUUCAGCAGGGUUUGUGGGACUAGAAAGCUAUGUGGAGAUACCAGCAAUCUUCCUUACAGCAUUUGCAACAUAUGCAGGACCUUUGCUUUGGGCCAUUCAUCUGCUGUGCUACUUGAGUUCUGAAGUUAGCAGGAAUGCAGCAGCAGUGGGCCAUGGCUGUUUCUGCUACGCUCUAAUGCGUUCAAUUCCAGUUGCCAUCUACAUCGUUUUGGUAACAGGCCUGCGUUACCACCUGUUCAUAUGGAGCGUCUUCUCGCCAAAGCUGCUCUAUGAGGGAGUGCAUGUGUUCAUCACAGCCGUGAUCUGCUUGUUCUUCACAGCCAUGGAUCAGAACCACUCUCAGAAAGUGCAAGACUGAAAAUAAGUGUGCAGUACACAGUUCUGCGCUGAGACACCCUGUGUGUCACUGGAAUGGAAGAAAGAAAACAGUGGCUUAAUACUGUUGGGUAGAAUUGGAAGGGUAACCUUGUGUAUUUUAGCUGGUAUCACUUAGGGUCUGAAGGGCUUGUCCUGUGUUAAACUGCAUUUACUUAAAACUGUUGAAUUGAAAUAAACUUUUUUCAUAGGUAACUUUUAUUCUAUAGCUGUCAUUAUGACAAUCCCUGAAUAACUGAGUCACAAUGUUACAUGACAGUGAAUUUCACUGUAUGCCAAAUACAAAGUUGUAUUUUUAAUAUGUAACUUAGAUAUCAAAGACUGCUUUUUUUCCAAUUUUUAAAUGAAUUUGGAGGCUUGAUUGAAAUUAGCAUUCUUGAGUUUCAAACAAAAAUACUUUGGAGAAGAGUUGAACACUUUAUGUUUCAUAUUCAGGCAUUCUUGAGCUCUGGCUUUUUCACAUUCACUUUUAUGUCUGACUUUUUUUUUUUUAGAAGAUGAAGAAAUAAAAGUUCAUUAAAUGCAGUCCCCCCAAAACAGAAUCUUGUAGUAACUUGUAACCUUAUGUAAAGGUAUAUCAACUUAUCUGUAUAUGUUUGCAAAUGUGAUUUAUUAUUUUUUUUAGCACAGAUAUAAUGAGAAAACACAAGAGACAGCCCAUUUUAAUCAGUUUAUUGUGCUGGGAAAGCUUUUGUUUGACACAUCUAUGUAACAAACCACUGUAAGGAAGAAGACACUAGUAAAGGCAGUAAGCUUAGGCAAAACCAAGCCUAGUGUUGGUUUACUUAUUGAAACUUGAAAAAAGGCGAUACUUCAAUGGUUUUGGUUUGAUUAAAAUAAUUACAUAUAUAUAAAUGCAAUUUGAAUUUAAAAAUACAGAUCUCAAUGUAAGUACAGAUCAGUUUCUUGUGGGCACUGAAAAAAUCUUUUUUUUUUUUUUAACAGCAUCCUGCAAUAUGCAGGCUUUCUUGUUGCUGUUCACAAGGUCUUAUAAUCAUUAAUCUUGAUUUUUUUUGUUUGUUUCUUAUGUGUGUGUUGAAUGUAUCAUUAAAUAAUAUAACUGUACAAAUA